UUUUCUUUGUCUGUCAUUUGUGUGGGAAAGAGGACGAAGCCGGUAGGUACCUAUCGUGCUUCAAUGUAGAAAAAAAAUAUUUUAUGCAGUUUAUUUUUGAUAAGUUAAACUUUACUAUUUCUUUUAUACUUGUGUUCCAUUAAAUCAGUAUAUACAUUUAUUAUUAAAUCUGAACUUCUCCCACCGAGACGUUUCCGAACACACCACGUGUGCGAUACCUGUUUGAAGCAUCUGCUGGCGUUGUAAAGAAUCUGGAACCAGAGGAUCUGGAUAUACGUAUAAAUUUGCCAAACAUAACUGCCUUUGUACGUACGAAUUUGUAAUUUGUUCCAAGUCUACAUUUUAUAAACAUGUCUGUGAAUGCCGAAGGCGACUUGCGCGAUGGGUUGUCAGCCGCUGAGAUAUUUGCCAAUAGUGAAGGUCUCACUUACAACGACUUCCUACUACUACCUGGAUACAUAGACUUCACUGCUGAAGAAGUAGACCUCACUUCCCCACUUACCAAAAAGAUCAACCUGAAAUCGCCACUUGUAUCAACUCCUAUGGACACCGUCACUGAAGCUGAUAUGGCUAUAUCGAUGGCUCUGUGUGGUGGCAUCGGGAUUAUUCAUCACAAUUGUACACCCGAGUACCAAGCCAAUGAAGUGCAUAAAGUGAAAAAGUACAAACAUGGAUUCAUUAGAGACCCUGUAUGUAUGGGUCCUGAACAUACUGUAGCUGAUGUGAUAGAAGCUAAGAAGGUGAAUGGAUUCACAGGUUACCCUAUUACUGAGAAUGGCAAGCUGGGCGGAAGGCUGAUAGGCAUUGUCACCUCCAGAGAUAUUGACUUCAGGGAGGGAGAUCCACAACUUAGUCUCAAAGAAGUAAUGACCCCAAUAGAUGAAAUGAUCACAGCACAGUCAGGUGUCACUCUGCAAGAUGCCAAUUAUAUCUUAGAAAAAAGCAAGAAAGGUAAAUUACCCAUUAUUAAUGGAGCUGGAGAACUGGUGGCUCUUAUAGCUAGAACUGAUCUGAAAAAGGCCAGAAGCUACCCUAAUGCUUCUAAAGACUCCAACAAACAAUUACUUGUUGGUGCAGCAAUCGGCACCCGGCCGGCUGACCGGGACCGCUUGCAGCUCCUUGUAGACAAUGGAGUGGAUGUUAUUGUUUUGGACUCCUCCCAAGGCAAUUCUAUAUAUCAAGUCGAGAUGAUCAAGUAUAUAAAAACAACUCAUCCUGACAUCCAAAUAAUUGGAGGAAAUGUUGUGACUAGAAUGCAAGCCAAAAAUCUGAUUGAAGCUGGUGUAGAUGCUCUAAGAGUGGGAAUGGGCAGUGGAUCCAUUUGUAUAACUCAAGAAGUGAUGGCAUGUGGCUGCCCCCAGGCCACAGCUGUGUACCAGGUCUCCUCAUAUGCUAAACAGUUUAAUGUUCCAGUGAUUGCUGAUGGAGGUAUACAAUCUGUUGGACAUAUUGUUAAAUCACUGGCAUUGGGAGCUUCAACAGUCAUGAUGGGCUCUCUGUUGGCUGGUACAUCUGAAGCUCCCGGAGAAUAUUUCUUUUCCGAUGGUGUUAGGCUGAAGAAAUACAGAGGAAUGGGAAGCUUGGAAGCCAUGGAAAAUAAAGAGGGGAAGGGAUCUGCUAUGAGUAGAUAUUUCCAUAAAGAGACAGAUAAACAUAGAGUUGCCCAAGGGGUGAGCGGCAGUAUUGUAGAUAAAGGAUCAGUUCUUCGCUUCCUGCCUUACUUACAGACAGGGAUGCAACACAGUUGUCAAGAUCUUGGAGCCAGAUCAGUUUCAAGCCUACGUGACAUGAGCUAUUCUGGAGACCUAAGAUUCAUGAAAAGGACAUACUCGGCUCAGUUGGAAGGCAAUGUGCAUGGUCUAUUUUCUUAUGAGAAGCGUUUAUUCUAAUUCCAGUAGAAAAAGCGUGCACUAUGUGAUAUAAGUUAUACAUAUUUUCAAUGUUGAUGGUUCAAUUUAUAUGUGAUGGACUAAAAUGCUUCUGUUAGUUUUUAUACAAAAUAUUAUUUUCUGUAUUUGUAUAUUAAGGUAUUACCAACAUAAGAGUAAAGAUGAAAAUUGUUAUUCUCUGGAAAUAUGAAUUCCAUUUUUAUUAUUAUUUUAUGUCGUCCAUAUGAUGUUACAUAGUGACAAUGGGCCAGAUUUGCAUCAUGUAUUCUGUAAUAAAGUGUGUAUUACUAAA